AUCACUAUCUGUCCGUAACGGGCGAUUUGUUUAUAUGACUAAUGGUUCCGGAAUGAUAUUGAGUCUAUUGUGCAACACAGGUUACAAUGCUCAGGGUUCUUUGCAAUCCGUUUGCUCCACUAGUGGGCGCCGGUUCUACCUUCGACGUCCAAAGAAGUACUUGGCUAUUCGUUGCUUUAGGCCAACUUUGCCUAAUGGAAAAGUCAGAAAGACUGAUAUCAUCUUUGGGAGUACGGUCACAUUUUCUUGCAAUAAUGGUUACACACUGGUGGGUGACGCUAAUGCUACAUGCACUACAAAUGGAACAUGGAGUUCAGCUAUUCCUACUUGUAUCAAACAAGUUGUUUCCACAAUUUUCAAGGACCGAAGUAGUUUGCUUUCAUCAUUUCAAGAUAAUUUCUUUGACCGUUUAAUCACAUUCACAGCUGACGUUGAACCUCCCGUCCAACGCGAAACCAAGCUAAAUUUGCGCCACGAUGAAGGAGCUAACGUUGCGUUAGAUCUUAUUUUUGUGAUGGACACGUCAGCAAGCAUUACUAAGCAACGAUUUGACAAAAGUUUGAAACCGUUUCCAAACAGAGUUGCUCGACACUUCCCCGUUUCUCCAUUGCGCACGAAUGUAGGCGCUAUUGCAUUUGGUCAUACGGUGUACGUCAUUUCAUAUCUGACUGGCAAUCUAAAGGAUUUUAAUCGCGCGAUUAGCGGAUUUGUUUACAAGAGCGAUGGAGGUACGAACACUGGUCGAGCAAUGUUACGGGCGAUAGAAUUGUUUAAAUUAUCUGGGAGAUCAUUGACAAGUACUAAACGAGUUGUGAUCUUACUGACCGACGGCUAUAGGAACAUGGGUCCAGAUAUCGCGGCUACUACAGAGCGGCUGAAGAUGAAUGCAAUAGAAGUAUUUGCCUUUGGGUUAGGACCUGACGUUAACAAGGGUGAGCUACACCUAUUGGCCUCUUCACCAAGCGACAGACACGUUUUCUUGGUGAAAUCCUUUGGCUUAUUUCGUAACUUCAUGCUAAGCAUCGCUCCAAAGCCGAUAAACGAACAAUGUGGUAUUUCUGGGUUUCCUGGAUUUUAUUCUCGAAUAUACGAAGGGAAUAGAUCGGCACAUGGUGCAUGGCCGUGGAUGGCGGCCAUUUUUAAAUGGAAUUCUUCUUCCAUCUGGAAAUUUGUUUGCGGAGGUUCUCUUAUUAACAACCGAUGGGUCGUAACUGCCGCUCAUUGCUUUUACGAGAAAGGCAAAAAGUAUGAAGGAAUAGUAAGAGUUCAACUUGGCAAACGAUAUUUGUAUAGAAACAACGCACAACAGCAGAAUUACACCGCAAAUGCUAGCACAGCAAUAAUAAUGAGUAAAGAAUAUGAUUCUUUAACUUACGACAAUGAUUUCUCUUUGCUAUACCUCAACAAAAAUGUUACUUUCAACAGGUUCGUUCGACCAAUCUGUUUACAUCAACAUCCUCUUUACUACCAAAAUUCAUCAAACCUUUAUGUCGGUCGGAGAGUUACGGUUAUCGGAUGGGGAGCAUACACUUCAUCUCACUCCGCGGCAUCUUCAUUUUUGAGAGAGACUGCAGUUACUAUUAAAAAUAAAUCACAGUGCGAUCAACUCUAUUUCUACGGAAAUCUUACAGACAGCAUGCUAUGUGCUGGAGGCAAUAAAUCGGAUGCUUGCGAAGGAGAUAGUGGAGGUCCCAUGAUGUGUCAGGACAACAAUACCAAUCGAUAUUUUCUUUGCGGGAUAGUCAGCUUUGGCUUCUCCAAGAUUUGCUCUGCAGGAUACGGUGUAUACACAAACAUUUUGAAGUUUGUGAGUAGCGUUGUGAUUCCCGCUGUCAAUAAUAGCAGUAUCGUUAGAGGUAGCUAGACUAACAGUAGAUGCGAAGUUACAUAAACACAUACGCCUGCUUUGCAUAUUUAGAAAUUGAUUGUACACGCUAGCUGUGUUGUGUUUUACUUGGUACGUUCUGCAAUAGUUGAUGUAAGCAGUUGUUUGUAUGAAAGUGACGUUUCAUGAUGUACUUGAAAAUAGCCAAU